ACUAUCGCCGAGAACCGCCACCGCUAUUCCUCGGCGAACUACAAUCCCAAAACUCCGACCUACAGCGUGAACUUGGCAACUUGAAAAAGGAACUCGAACUGACAAACCAGAAAUUAGGAUCCAGCAUGCAUAGUAUAAAGACGUUCUGGAGUCCGGAACUGAAAAAGGAACGAGCGCUACGGAAAGAGGAAAGUGCGAAAUACAGCCUUAUUAAUGAUCAGCUCAAAUUGCUCAAUCAGGAGAAUCAGAAACAAGCAAUGUUAGUCCGACAACUGGAAGAAGAGCUACGAUUGCGCUUACGACAACCUGCACCCGAGUUACAACAACAAUUGGAAGCGCUGUACUCCGAAAAUGAACACCUGCAAAGGGAGAUCGCCAUACUCAGAGAUACUAUUAAGGAACUGGAAUUACGGAUAGAAACUCAAAAACAGACGCUACAAGCCCGAGAUGAAAGUAUUAAGAAACUACUUGAAAUGCUUCAGAAUAAGGGAAUGGGUUUUCCAGGUAAGGAGGAAGAAAGGCAAAUGUUCCAACAAAUGCAAGCGAUGGCACAAAAACAGGAGCUCAAGGCGACGGCGGACACGCUGAGAGCGCUGCAGACGCAGCUGGAGCGUGCGCUGGCAGCCGCCGGGCUGCCGGGUGGUUCCGCAGGCGCUACGCUCACCGCCGUGCUGGAGACCAAGGAGGCGCGCAUCGCGACGCUGGAGAGGCAGGUGGCCCUGCUCGAGGCCGAGCUGUCCGCUUUCGCCUCGCCCGCGCCGCCCUCGCUCGCGCCCUCGCACGCCUCGCUUUACGAUAAGGCCGACCCUCCCUUCAAGCGACAAUUGGAUGAGUUUCGGCUGGAGAUUCAGAGGCGAGAUCAGGAGAUUUUGGCGAUGGCUGCUAAGAUGAAAGCUCUGGAGGAGCAACACCAGGAUUACCAGAGACAUAUAGCCGUCCUUAAGGAGUCGCUCUGCGCAAAGGAAGAACAUUACAGCAUGUUGCAGACGGACGUUGAAGAACUUAAAGCUCGCUUGGAUGAAAAAAGUCGAAUGGUAGAAAAGAAAACCGCUACAGCAUUAGCAGCUGCGCAUGAGUUAGCAGAGUUCAGAGACCAUUCGGAGAUCAAGGAUAGAAAAAUCAAUGUGUUGCAGAGAAAGAUUGAAAACCUAGAAGAUUUACUGAAGGAAAAAGAUAAUCAAGUUGAUAUGGCUCGAGCUAGAUUGAAUGCAAUGCAAGCACAUCAUUGUUCCUCUGAAGGGGCUCUCUCUUCCCUUGAAGAAGUAAUAGGGGAUAAAGAAAAACAAAUUCAACAAUUAAGGGAACAAAGAGAUCGAGCCGAACACGAAAAGAAUGAAGAACGAGAGCUUCACGAACGAGAAAUAGCAGAUUACAAAAUGAAGUUACACGCACUGGAAAGUGAAGUUGAAAAACUAGGCGCUAGACUUGAAAGGGCUCAAGCAGAGAAAGAUAGGCUAGAAGCUAAGCUAGAAAGCUCACAAUCUGAGUUAGGAAAAUCUAAAGCUGAAUUAGACAAGGCAGCCAGUGAAGUUGGUAGGUCCGGUGCCGACUGGGAAGCGGCGAAACAGCGUUUGGCUCGUCUAGAAUUGGAGAAUGAACGACUUAAGCAUGAAUUAGAGAGAUCCCAGACAACAUUCGGUAGAAGUACUUUGACAACAUCACAAGAACUGGAUAGAGUUCAAGAAAAGGCUGAUAAGUCCGCUGCUGAGCUAAGAAGAACCCAAGCGGAACUAAGAGUAACACAGGCCGAUGCAGAAAGGUCUAGGGUUGAGGCCAGUGCCCUGCAAGAGAAGUUAGAGAAAUCCCAAGGAGAAGUAUAUCGUCUUAAGGCCAAAUUAGAAAAUGCACAAACUGAACAAGAUAGCUUAAAGGAGGAAUAUGAUCGAGCGCAAUCAUCAGUAAGUCGUCUCCACUCUGAACGAGAUAAGGCUAUAGCUGAACUGGACAAAGCUCGUGAAGAACUUGAAAGAACUCAGGCUACAUUAGGCAAGGCGCAAUUACAACAAGAUAAACUCCAAGCAUCAUUAGACGCUGCUCACUCAGAGAUCGACAAGUUGCAAGAAAAACUAGAUAAGAGUGCCGUCGAGGUUCGAAAGCUGCAAGUUGAUCGGGAGAAAUCCGCUUAUGACUUCGAAUCACUCCAGUCGCAGUUGGAUAAGGCUUUGGGACAAGCUGCUCGUCUUCAGAAAGAAAGAGACACAGCACAGCUCGAUGCAGACAGAUUUAGAGACAAACAUGAGAAAGGACAAGCAUUAAUAGCGCGCAUUCAAAAAGAGCGAGAUUCAGCACUGGCUGAAGCAGCAAGUAGUCGUGAAAGAGCUGAGGCAGCGGCAGCAGCAGCAAACCGUGCAGCAAGAGAUCGAGACAGCGCAGCAACUGAACUAGAUGUUCUCAGGGAACGAUGGGAGAAAGCACAUCAACAGCACCAGAAGCUUACUAUGGAAAAAGAUGACGCCCUCACGGAAUUAGAAAUAAUGAAAGAGAAAUUAGACAAAGCUUUAUACACGUCACAAAAGACCGUAGAGGAAAAGGAUUCUGCGCACAAAGAAUACGAAAAAAUGCUUGAGAAGUAUGAUAGAUCCCAGAAUGAAAUAUACAGACUUCAAAAUAAGAUAGACAUACUCGAAGCUGACAAAGAUCGACUAGAACUUGAAUUAGAAAAACAAGUGCAUCUAUCUACAAAAUCUAGGGACGAUCUUAGAAAAUUGCAAGAUGAAUCCGCGCGGUUGCAGGAAAUGUAUGAUAGGGCCUCUUUACAGCUUGGCAGGACCAAAGAACAGGAAGAAAAAGCCAAAGAAGACAUGGAUAGACUAUGUGUCGAUAUCGAAAUGGUACGGGAUCGCUACGAAAAGAGUCAAAUUGAACUGCGCCGGUUUCAAGCGGAAAACGACAAAUUAAUAGCUGACAGCGAACGAUUGCAAUUUGAGUAUGAUCGAGCUAUGACUCAGUGUGGUAAAGCACAAGCGUCAAAUGAAAAAACACAAGAAGAAAUGGCCAGAGUACAAAUAGAACUUGAAAAAAUGUACGACAAGCACGACAAAGCAUCCGCAGAGUUGAGACGAGUUCAAGCUGAAUUAGACAAGGUUAAGACAGAUGCAUCCGGUGCUCGUGAAGAAGCAGAAAGAUAUGCAACUCGGUAUGGAAAGUACCACGACUCUAAAGAAGAACAUGAAAGGACAAAACUAGAAGUAGAACGACUGCGCACACGAUUAGAGAAGACAACACUAGAACUGGAGCGAGCGCGUAAGGCUGAAGAGGAGGUUACCCGUCUCCGGGCCGAUCUAGAGCGCACCGAAGGCCUUCGAGGUAAAUACCAAUUCGAACAGGAUAAAUGGAGUACUGAAGUUAGCAGAUUGCAAGCGGAGUUAGAUAAGCAUCGCGAACGAUUUGAGGCUUCGCAAACCGAAAUCCAACGUCUUCAGUCGGAAAAAGAGCAGGCAGAAACAAAAUUACAUGAAGUCAAUAUACAGCUGGAACUUUCGAAAAACGAAGUCACUAAAUUAUCUACAGCGAUGGAAAAACAGAGAACAGACCUCGAAAGAGCUCACAUCGAAUGCGAAAAGUUCAGGGAUAGAUGUGAGAAAUUGAAACUGCGUUCGGAUCAAUUAGAGAAAGAUAAUGAAAGGUUGAAAGGAGAAUUAACACAAAUUGAACGGAUGAAGUUGCAAGCUGUUGCGGGUGACAAAGCUAGGACCGAGGACAGACUUGAAAUUGAACGACUUCGUGACAAAUUAGAGAAGGCUAUUCAAGCAAGAGAUGCCACAGAAAUGGAGGCAGGCCGUCUAGCAAAGGAACUUGAAAAGUCACAAAUGCAUCUCUCUAAGUAUCAGGAGACGAACGAAACGACACGCGUAGAAUAUGAUAGAAUGACCAAUGAGUUGGGACGAAUGCAUGAGCGUUUAGAACGAACGAUACUGGAAAUGCGUCAAAUAGAACAAGAAAGAGAUGCCCUUAGAGCGGAAAUACAGAACACAAGACGUAACAUAGAACAACAGCAACGCUCUUUAGAUCACCGCACACAGGAGACUUUAGUAAAACUUCAACAAGAACUCGCCCAAUCGGUGAGAGAUAGAGAAAAGAUGGCCUCUAUCCUCGAGCAACGGGACAAACAAGCUGAUGCUAUCGAAAAGCAGAUUGUCAAAUUAGAAGCGGAUACCAAACAAUUGACAAUCGAACGUGACCAACUUGUUGCUCAAUUAGAAAAGUCUCAAGAUAUGCUUGUAAACUUCCAGAGAGAACUUAAUUCGUCGGAGACAGAACUUCAAAAGCAGCGUCAAGAAGUAAGGCGACUGCAAGAAGAGCAAAGAAAAAUCACACAAGAUUCCGAACGCGGUGCAAAAUCGAUUAUCGAGAGUCGUGACAGAGAGAUCGUUAAACUACAACAGCAAAUGCAAGCUGUUACAAAAGAGAAAGAUACUCUCAGACAGCGAGCAGAGAGAGCCGAACAGGAAGCGAAGAAAGCGGCCGAAGUUGAUAAAUGGAAAUCGGCCGUGGAAGCUGAGAAAACAAAAGCUAUUGCAGCUGAAAAAGCGUUGUCGGAAUGCCAACAGCGCUUAAACUCAUUAGAGAAACAGUUCCAGGCUCAGCAACAUCAAUUGCAGCAGCUGCAAGCUCGUGGACCGUCCGACGUGCAGUCCGUACAAAAGCAGCUUGAAGCGGCUCAAGCGGAGGCGAGAUCGCUCGCUGUGGAGAGGGAACGUUGCCAGGCACAGCUCGAGAUGCUUGUUCAAGAAUUGGAGAAGAGCCAGCUCGCACUCCAAGAAGCGAACAAGAAACUCCAAGCUGGACAGAGCGCCAAAGCUGGGGACGAUACGGCUCAGGCUAGGAGGCAGUUGCAAGAAGAAUUUAAGAAGCUAGAAGACGCGAGGAAGCAGUUUGAGGAAAACAGAAGAGCGGUGGAGAACAAACGGAAGGAUGUAGAGGAGAAGGAGAAAUCGCUUACGGAGGUAGAUCGACAGUUAAAGAAGAGAAAAGAACAAAUGGACCAAAUGGAGGCAUCUUUGAGGAAGGCUGGCGGAAGUACAGCAGCGGUGUCAGAAAUGAAUCGCAAGCUCACAGACAUGCAGAAGGAGGCUGACGAAGUUAAGAAGCAGCUCAGUCAAAGCCAAGAGGAGUCGAAGAGGCUCUCGACGGAGACCGAACGCUUGUUGCAGCUAGUUCAGAUGUCGCAGGAGGAACAAGCGCAGAAAGAGAAGCAGAUCAUGGAUUUGCAGCAGUCUGUGAGAAACCUUCAAGCCAAACUAAAAAGUCAGCAACAAGCACAAGCACAAAGAGAAGAGGCCGGACCCGCUGGCUUCCUUAAAAGCUUUUUCUAAGCCCUUCUCAAGACUGUCGUUCAUUUAAUUUUUCGUUCGUUUUUUUUUCUUUAACUGUCUCUAAACCGCGAGCGAUUUCUCCAGACCUAAGCUUUACAAUCGC